AAGACAUUUCAUGGAGUUUACAUGACCACGUUCCAUGCUACCAGGCCUCGACAGUGGGAAUCACCAAGAUGGCCGCCGGGAGCGUUCUCUCUGGUCGGUUAGCUUUAGUUACUGGUGGUGCCAGUGGUAUUGGUCGAGCAGUUUGCCAAGCUUUAGCAACAGAAGGAGCAAGUAUCGUAGUUACUGAUCUUAACAUUGAAGGAGCACAGGACACUACUGACAGCCUUUCAAAACAUGCCAACAACAAACACAUGAACUACUCUUUGGAUGUGGCAAGUGGAGAAGAGAUACAAAAAGUGCUUGAGUGUAUCAUCAAUGAGUAUAAGAAGCCACCAUGUAUCUUAGUCAAUUCAGCUGGAAUCACAAAAGAUGAAUUCUUGAUAAAGAUGGAUGAAAAAAAAUUUGACAAAGUUAUUGAAGUGAAUCUCAAGGGAACUUUUCUUGUCACUCAAGCAGUGGCUAAACUGAUGGUCAGUCAAAGAGUUACAAAUGGAUCUAUCAUAAAUCUUGCCAGCAUAUCAGGAAAGAUAGGAAAUCUUGGUCAAGUAAAUUAUGCUGCAUCCAAGGCUGGUGUUGAAGGUUUGACAAGGACUUGUGCAAGGGAACUGGCAAGAUUUGGUGUUAGAUGUAAUGCAAUUCUGCCUGGCUUUAUUAAGACUCCAAUGACAGAUGCUGUCCCAGAGAAAGUUCUUGAACAGGUAAAGAAACAGAUCCCUCUUGGGAGAUUUGGGCAGCCAUCAGAUAUAGCUGAUGUGGUAACAUUCCUCGCUUCUGAGAGGAGCAGUUACGUUACGGGAGCAAGCAUUGAAGUUGCAGGUGGCCUUGCCAUGUAGUUACCAUGCCGUUUGCAGUUAGACGACUUCUUAAGACCUCGUGUACAACGUAAAAAUAAAUUGAUGGAAAUUUCAGACUGA